AGGGAUGGGGUGUAAGUUGGAUGCUGGCUCUCAGAUGCGAGCUGUCGGACCCAGGGUCCGGAGGAAGGAAAUGGAGAGUCCUUCCAUACUAUCAUCUCCCCGCUUGUCGUAUCUCCACGCGUUUUUGCCGGCCGAAACCUCUUAUCCCCGGCUUCACUUGGCAGAACCUUGCAUUUUGGCUUCCACCGUACGGAAUCAUUGGUUUCUCCAGCUUCCGCUGCUCCUCACUCCCCUCCUCGCUACUCUUGGCUGAUCCCCCGGGGCCCGCACCAUCGGAUCGGUGCUCCUUAUAUGCCACAUUUAAAGAACGUAAGAGGUUGUAGUUCGGAAGCGCACCCGAGCGUUCCCUGUCCCGCUUCUUGACAUUUCCUCUGUUCUCUCGUGCAUCUCCAUCUCUUUUCACGAUCAUGACUCCGACGUCUGAGACUGAAAAACCAGCGCCGACGAAGAUGAGACGGUUUAAGGUGCACUCGCUGAAGGUCGGGGACCGACUUACGAAUGCGUCGAACUUGACGCUCAGGGAGACGCUUUGGCCGCUCUUCCUGGUAACGAUUCUGUACUUCCUCUGGGGCUUUGCAUACGGCUUGCUCGACACCCUCAACAAACACUUCCAAAACACACUCAAUAUCACCCGCACGCGCUCGUCAGGCCUCCAAGCGGCGUAUUUCGGGGCCUAUCCUCUCGCGUCCCUGGGCUAUGGCAACUGGGUCCUGCGCAACUACGGCUACCGCGCCGUCUUCAUCCUCGGGCUGGUGCUCGAGGGCAUCGGUGCGCUCUUGAUGUGGCCCGCGGCGCUCAAGCGCAGUUUCGGCGGGUUUUGUGGAGCAACGUUCAUCAUUGGGAGUGGGCUCGGGUGUUUGGAGACCGCCGCGAAUCCUUACAUGGCUGUUACGGGCCCGCCUCAGUACGCCGAGGUUCGGAUUAACAUUGCCCAAGCCGUGCAAGCCAUCGGGUCGGUCAUCGGGCCCGUCCUGGGAUCCUACGUGUUCUUCAAGCAGACGGGUGAUUCGGUCAACUCGCUUAAGACGGUGCAGUGGGUGUACCUUGCCAUUGCGAUCUUCGUGUUCUGCCUCGCGGUCGUGUUCUUUUUCUCGGUUAUCCCUGAAGUCACAGACACGGACAUGGCCGAACAAGCUGGGAGAACUCACGCGGGCGGAGACGCGGGCGAUAAACCAUUCCGGAAGCAGUACAAGUUGUUCUUCGCUGGAUUUGCGUCGUUCUGCUACACUGGCGCACAAGUGGCCCUCGCAACUUACUUCAUCAACUACAUGACCGAGACGCGCGCCAACACGACCAACCAGCUCGCCGCGUCCUUCCUCGCCGGUGCUCAGGGUUGUUUCGCAGCUGGCCGGUUCUCUGGCUCGGCGCUCAUGACGCGCAUCCGGCCACGGAAAGUGUUCUUCACGUACAUCUCGCUCGUGAUCGCGUUUGCUGCGGCGUCCGUGACGCAGACAGGGAACAAGGGCCUCGCAAUGCUCAUGCUGUGUCUGUUCUUCGAGAGCGUGUGCUUCCCGACAAUCGUCGCGCUGGGAAUUCGGGGACUUGGCCGGCACACGAAGCGCGGGAGUGGAUGGAUCAUCGCUGGAGUUGUCGGUGGCGCUUGUGUGCCCCCACUCACAGCGAAGGUCGCAGACAUGCACAAUUCCACUGCGAUUGGAUUCGUGGUUCCCGUCGCUUUCCACGUCGUGCCUUGGGCCUACGCAGUCUGCUGCAACUUUGUCCCGAUGUUCCGCGACGUCAUGGAUAAGGUUGGUGACGAGCAAAGCGUCGGGGUCGUCACAGCCACCGAGGGAAAGGCAGAUAUGAGGGAAGAUUCGAUUGAGGAGAAGCAUUGUGACAUUGAAGACAAAGGCACAAAGCGGCCUUUUUCUCCAAAGCCUACACUACAACACCCCUCGGAGUCCCAGUCUGUCCUCAUGGAUGACCACGACCACGAACAUCGUCCCUCAAGCCGCGAACGCCUGCUUUCUAGCUUCGUAAAGAAGCUGCAGCAGACAGGCGACACGGCGAGUACGAUCUCGAGCCUGUUUGACUUUGCGACGCAGGAUGCGGCAUUCGUCAGCUGGGUGGCGGACUUCAUCAUGCAAUUGGGCUAUUUUGCGCCGAGAGGUGAGGAGGAUUGGUACUCUAACGUGCGGUGCCGACUCCUUGAAGGCUUUGAGCAUUAUUGGAAGCCCAGGGGACGGUGGAUGAAAGAUUGCAAAGGCGCUAUCACAGACUCGAUGCUGGAGAGUGUGUUUCAGCGGAACAGGGGGAUCAAUCUCGCCCGACUCCUUGGGCUACUAUUCUAUCUCAGCGACGUCACAGGGAUAAUCGUGAUUACCCCAGCGGACCUCGGCGAGUCCCUGGAAGUGCUUGUGCACGCGAACCCGCACCUGCUUCGCCUCGUUGCGAUGCACGAGAUGAUCUUCAACGCGGGGACGCGCAUCCGAGAGUGGGUGGAGCCACGGCGCGCGAUCAUGAGUGUCGGGGGGCUAGAUUCUUUUGUCCCGUCGGAGGUCAGGAAGAGGAAGCGGUUGUUGUGGGGGUGGGAUUCAGUGUCCCAAGAUUUUGUACUUGGAAUGUUCCGGAUGUUGGAGGAGGGUGAAUGA